AAAAUUCAGGGAUGCCUUGGUUGCAUGCUCCAUCGGCGGCUAACAACGGGGAAGUCAGUGAAAACUAUGACAUCAUGCAUGAUCUGGUUCUGGUUUCCUAUAAGAAUCAUCGUUCGUUGAAACAUGAAAGCCACUUCCUUGCCAUCUCCACAUGCAUCAAGCUAGCAAGAAGCCAAGAAUCGACUCAUGUUCCUCCUGCUGCUCCAGAAAAAAAAAAUCCCCAUCUCGAUCGAUCGGUAGCUGCUGCUGAAGUCGGCGGUGCAGAGCACUAGAGCAGAUCGUUGCAACAUGAGCAUGGAGGGGCUCAUUCCGUUGGUCUGCGGCGCGAUCAAGAAGCGGAGGGCAGCGAAGCAGGCUGUGGACUACGAGCGCCUCUCCUCCGCCGCCGGCGCUCCGCCAACGUGUGGAUGGGGACACGAGCGCUUCCCCGGCGCCUACGACCAUCCUCCUCGGAGCCAGAGCUGCCGGUUCGCCGCGCGGUCGUCGGCCGAUGACGAGCGCGGUUUCUCCUUUGGCGAGGGUGGCCGGGCACUGCCCGAGGAGGGUCUCCGGGACAAGCCGUUCCCGCCGGUCGGCGGCGAUGGGUGGCGUGGUCUGUCGUCCAAGUCCCGGAGGUUCAGUAGCAUGCGCCUCUUUGGAUGCGUCAGUGGCGCGUAGGAAGAAUCUGUUAGCAUGUGCCGCGAGGACAACUUUUGUAAAUCGAGUGAAAUGUAGCGCUUGCUGCGAAGCAAAAAACUUGCGUUUUCGCUGAUGGCAAAUGAAAUACUGUGCUCUACUAACAUGGAAAUGGAAGGAACAUAUGCAUCUUGGCAAAUCACUGAACUAGUGAACUUGUAGCACUACCUUUUUUUUUCUUUUGGCGAAACAC